GGGAGGUGGUGGCGGUAUAUCAUCACCUGCCAUGGUUAUAUUUCUACAGGUCGAGUUAUACAUCACUAGUUUUACUCUAUUGUUUGCUAUAGGUCAGGUUCAGAUCAUUGCCGGUACAAGUUGGUUUCUUGGGUCAAAUUAAUAUUUGACAACUGUGGCCUGAUGAGGUUUAUCACGUGUAAUUGUGUGAAAUCAAGAGCUUUUAUGUUAUUUGGGUUUUUUUUUUUUUGUUUUUUUUUUUGAAGGAAUGUUAUUUUGGUAUAGUGGUCCUAAAAGGGAUCAAAUCAAAGAAAUAAAACCCAUUAUGCAAAUAAUAAAUAAAGAAAUAUAAUUGAAUCUCCUUUUAAGGAAAAAAGAAAUAAAAACGGAAAGAGAUAAAAUCAUUAAAUAGAAUCUCCUUCAAAAAAAAGAUAAAAUCAUUAAAUAAAAAUUCAACCACACACAACUAAGCAUGAUCCACCUACAAUUUGUAACAUUUUCACAUGGGCAACCUUGUCACAAAACAAAAAUAAAUAAAAUUAUUAAACUCCAAGUAUAAAAAGCCGCCUAAACUUUAACGGUCAUUUCUUUAAACACGCCUCCAAAAAAUGGGAGGAGAGCCUCAAGGCCUCCCUACUCCCACCACCACACCAAGGCUAAAGAGGGAGAAUUACCGACAGACAAAACACGAUACCGCCUUCUCGAAAUGGAAAAUCCUAAUCGGCCCAUCAGACUGGGUUAACUAUGAGGCCAAAAAAGAAGGGGCGGAAAGAUACAGAGUUGCUAACCUCCCAUCAGUUUGUAAUCCUGGAUUGUAUGAAAUUGGAGUUGCGGUUUGUCACUCUGAUUCGGGCCGUGAUGUUUCAAAACUCGAUACCGAGUUUAUUGUUGUGGUGUACUUGGGACAAGCUGAUAAUGUGAGGUCUAGGCUUCAGGAUUAUGGCAGGAAUGGAUCUCAUUUGAUUAAUGGUUGUGGGUUGUUUAAGGAGAUCUUUUCUCGAGGCUAUCCUAUUGUUUAUCGAUGGGCUCCUUUGAAGAGCAAAAGUGAUGCUGAGAGAACAGAAGCUAAGCUGCUUGAAAGAUUUGAUUAUGCAUGGAACAAAGUUAAUAAUGGUGUGCGACGUCCUAAUGACGUUCUAACGAAAAUCGAGAAGAUUUCAAUCCGAAACAAUAAAAUCCCUAAGAUUCUGAAGAUGCUACAAUCUUUCAGUGAGCGAAAAGUAGGCAUCCAAAUCAAAGCAGAGAAGUUUUCACUUGGCAACAAACCAAGUCAUGAUAUUUAUGAAGAGAAUUUCAACCUCUUUGAUCGAGUUUUCAAAUUUUCUCGUUCACAACCACGAUUAGUUUCUACUAAUCCUGAGGCCAUUGUUGAGGACAUCAAUAAAAUUCACAUUUGUGGAGUGAUUUCAAAUGAUGGAACAAUUUGUAGUAAUUCACCAUUUAAAGGAAGAAAACGUUGUUCCGAGCACAAAGGAAGAAGAUUGACUAGUGUAUCAAUCAACUCAAAAAUCAUGACAAAGGAUUCAAGCACUGAUAACUCUCAGGUAGAAAAUUUUGUUAAUGACGAGUUUUCUUCUAUUUGUGGUGUAAUUUUACUUGAUAGUUCUCCAUGUACAAAGUCACCCUUUCCUGGUAGGAAAAGAUGUGAGGAGCAUAAAGGUAUGAGAAUUAACCAAAUAAUGUCCAAGUCUCUGAUAUUUAAGUCUGUUAUCGAAAAGCCUCUAUCUGAUCCCGACCCUGCAGACUGUUGUGGAGUGAAUUUGGGUGAUGGAAAAUGCUGUGAAAGGCAGCCAGUGAAAGGAAGAAAGAGGCAUGAGCAGCAUAAAGGGAUGCACGUUAAUGCAUGUGUCUAAGUCAUCAUCAAGAGUGGAAUGAGCAAAUGCUGGGCUAAUGGGCUCUGGGCACUGGUCCGAGUGCUUUCGUCAUCAGCAGGUCUGUACAUGAUUAAUCUGCUACUCACUUAUGGUGGCCCUGGGCACUGGUUCGAGUGCUUUCGAUCAUCAGCAGAUAGUUCUUACUGCAGAAGGAGGACUGUCACAGGCUCAAAAUAAGCACAAGUGUUUGAUGACUUAAUUUAUUGUGUCCUCAUUAAAAUGAUAGCUAUUUUUAAUAUUUAUUUUAAACAAAUAGACACACAAAAUACAGUCUGUUUAGAACACAGAAGAGAAAAUGAAAAAAACAAUGUAGAACAAGGUGUGUAUUUUUCUUUAAUUAUUUUUCAAUAGGAAUAGGUUUGUAUCUUAGAGUUUAGCCAUACUUUAAAGAAACACCAGAAAAGUUUAGGAUGUAUUUUUAUACUCUGUACUGUAAGUUACUGGUCAGAAGUGAGAAAUAAUAAUUGAUACCUCUUUACUGGAA